CUACUGUACUCUGUGAAGAGCAGAGGCACGCACGUAGACAGAGUCAAACAGGCAGAAGGAAGGUACCUCCAGUCUCUGUUCUAGUUUGCCUGAAUUCGUCUCUACUAAAUACAAGGAUGCAUCUUUUAAGCAAAGGCAGUUCUGUUCUCGAACAUAUCCUUAAGGUGGAUCAAAUUUUAUCAGAGUUCCGACUGACAAAGGAGGAGCUGAAGGAAGUGAUGCGAAGGAUGCAGCAGGAAAUGGAGCGCGGCCUGCGUCUGGAGACUCAUGACCAGGCUAGCAUCAAGAUGUUACCCACCUACGUGCGCUCCACCCCUGAAGGCUCCGAAGUUGGUGAUUUCUUGUCCCUGGACCUGGGUGGGACGAACCUCCGAGUAAUGCUGGUGAAGGUGGGAGAGGACCAGGAGCGAGGCUGGAAAGUGGAGACCAAACACCACGUGUACUCCAUCCCUGAGGAUGCCAUGACCGGCACUGCUAAAAUGCUUUUCGAUUACAUUGCUGAGUGCAUCUCUGACUUCUUGGACAAACAUAACAUGAAGCACAAGAAACUGCCCCUGGGGUUCACCUUCUCCUUCCCUGUGCGUCACGAGGACAUUGACAAGGGUAUCCUGUUGAACUGGACAAAGGGGUUCAAAGCUUCAGGAGCAGAGGGAAACAACGUGGUGGGGCUGCUGAGGGACGCGAUCAAAAGGAGAGGGGAUUUUGAAAUGGAUGUGGUAGCCAUGGUGAAUGACACAGUGGCCACGAUGAUCUCCUGUUACUAUGAAGAUCGCACUUGUGAAGUUGGGAUGAUAGUAGGGACGGGCUGCAAUGCUUGUUACAUGGAGGAGAUGCGCACGGUGGAGCUGGUGGAGGGAGAGGACGGACGCAUGUGUGUCAACACAGAGUGGGGGGCGUUUGGAGAGAGGGGAGAGCUGGAGGAGUUCAGACUGGAGUAUGACCGUAUUGUGGACGAGACCUCCACCAACAGUGGACAGCAGCUCUAUGAGAAGAUCAUCAGUGGGAAGUAUAUGGGGGAGCUGGUGCGGCUGGUCCUGCUCAAACUGGUGAAUGAGAACCUGCUCUUCAACGGAGAGGCCUCUGACAUCCUGAAGACCAGGGGCAGCUUCGAGACUAGAUUCGUCUCCCAGAUUGAAAGUGAUUCUGGGGACCGAAAGCAGAUCUACAACAUCCUGACAUUGCUGGGCCUGCUACCCUCAGAGCUGGACUGUGACAUCGUGCGCCUGGCGUGUGAGAGCGUGUCGACACGGGCGGCUCACAUGUGUGGCGCGGGGCUGGGAGGCAUCAUUAACCACAUGAGGGAGCAGCGCAGCGAGGAGGUGCUCAAGAUCACGGUGGGCGUCGACGGCUCUGUGUACAAGCUACAUCCCAAUUUCCAACAGAAGUUCCAUGCAGUGGUGAGAGAACUGACGCCUGGCUGCAACAUCACCAUCAUCCAAUCGGAAGAGGGGAGUGGCCGGGGGGCAGCCCUGAUCUCAGCAGUGGCUUGCAAGAUGGCAUGCAUGCUGAGCCAGUGAGUUCAGUGCAGCCUCUAGCCACUGGGGGCAGCCUCUCUGUACACUGCUGGACCACUUUACAAACAUUAACACUGUGCCAAGCAGGGCAUCUAAUGUAAGGGCUUUUCUUCCAGCCUAGAGCUCUAUCCUGGUAGGACAAGCCACCUUGCUCAUACCUCUAGAAUACCAGACCCACACCAAAGACUUGGAUUAGCUCAAGGGGUUCAGAUCAGGAAGAAAAAGAGACAUUCAUAGCAGUAAGCACAGAUUUCCACUCCACUGCUUGACAGAUCAGCUGGCUUCACAUACUGUACCUGGAGUUCCUUCAGACACAGUGUUCUGUGUUCAGAUUGCCAGCUUGAACUUUCCAAACAAAGAGUUUGUAAAGAGAUAUGAAACUGAAAUAGAGUGAGUUUUUAUGUCUCCCCUAUAGGGUAAUUCGUUAAGUCCAGCAAAUAAAAACAGAAGAGCAUAAGACAUUCUUGAGAACGAGAAGAGGCCAUUCAGUCUAGGCUUGACCCUUACUAGCACAAUAUUUGCCUAAAAGUAAUAUCAUUGUUCUCUCUGUUCAUUGAACUGAGUUUAUCUUUUUAUUGCAAUGAUGAAUCAUUAUUACAAUCAUUGACUUUUGGAAUUGUUCAGAAGUAGUUUAACUACAUACCUCUGUCUGUGAAUCGUCAGUUCUUCUAAACCUUAUAAUGAAGCAAAGUUUUGUCUAAAGAAAAGCACGGUACCUCGGUGCUUAAUUUGUGCCGGGCCGCAGCCACAGGACCUCUGGCAACUCUUACAUUAUGAAAGUUAAAAAUCUCAUACUAUGUUUUUCUGUCAAAUGCUGGCUGUCUGACAAUUUAGCAUUUUAAGCCAGGCAUAAUAUAAUGCACCAACGUUUUCUUAAAAUUCUCAACACUGUGUUACCCAUUCUGCAAGUUCUUGCGUGAACCAAGGAUAGAGACAGUCGGCUGCCAGGGACAUUCACGUUAGUUUUUGGUACAAGGCAGCUGAGGCGGAGCGGUUGGCUGUAAUAACAGAGAGCAAGCCUGGGCAAAGGUGUCUGUUGCUGUCUGUUUAAUUUGAUGUGUUGCAGACAGGUAAUCACUGUGUAUUACAUUUCUUGCACGCUGAACUUGAAAAUAAAGCUAAAGGAAAGUUUAAAUAUUUCAGGGCUGGUGGAACUACCCCUGGUAUAUUGUAUAUAUUUUGUAUAUAAAUGUAAUGGUUGUGUACGUUUAGAAAUGCAAAUCACUGUAAAUAGAACAUUUCAGAACUUUAGACUGCUGUAUUAUGCAUUGCUGUGCAGUGCAAUUGUUGUGUAAGAUUGGGCAAAAAUAUGACUACUAUAGUCAAAAUUACUCCCCCUUUUAAAUUUGCUUUCAAAGCACUGGGUGAUUUGUGCCUGUGUAUCGACUGCUGAUCAUAGCUAAUAUUCUUUAAAGACGUUCAAUUAAAAAUUAAAGAUAGCCAAGUCAACAGUUGUGUGUAAUCUUAGAUCUCUUUAUCAAGCAUAUUGGGCAGAGCAGGAAUAAAGUUGCCUUUUCACCAUCAGGAUCUGUUCAAACAAAAAUACAAACCAAAUCACUAUUAAUAUGACAUGAUUCUAAGGAAACUUGAUUGCAUUGUAUUGAGGUAAAGUGACGCAAGUGCAAGUAGAAAGACUCACAAGCAGCUUUACUCUUGACAGGGAAAACUGAAUACAAGUGCAAAUGAGACACUUUUAUCAACUAGGAUCAGUCUAGCUUUUACAGUAGCUCAAACAGAACCGGGGCAAAAUGUGUUAUACUGAGAUCACAAGAUAAAUGAUCUGAGGAUAUCGAUAUUUCAAACAAAAAAUCCACUUCUAUGAAAUAUACUGUUAUUUCCUACAGUUCACACACUUUAUUUCAAACACAUACAGGUAAUCAUUUUGAAUAGUGUUAUCUUAUUCAUCCAUACCUUUGCACACCCAAUCCUAAAAUAAAAUGAAAGAAUGUAUUUAACAUACAUAUUUAAAUGUAGAUUUUCAAAAUUCAUACCAAAAACACACCAAUAAAGUAACCAAACCUAAAUAAAUCUACUUAUCAUUUAGGGGCAUGUAUUGUAAAUAGUUCCACGUUGUUUAAUAGUUUUAUAACUGGUGUUCUUUCCAUACACUUAGCAAUUGCUUUGAGAGUACCUAUUUACAGUGACAAUAGACUCUAUCAGACCUCUCAGGUCUACUGGCAUUUCUUUCUUAUCACAUCAGCUUAUUCACUAACCCAAAGGCCCCUGACUUGGUGAGAGGUUUUUCUAGAUGAUGUUGUGGGCCUGCCCAGCCCCUCAGCAUCAGGGAGCUACGUCUUUAUAGUCAAGUGGAAUUGCUGUUGCUGGAUUCAAUUCAGUUACCUGUGAAGUAUUAUUCUGUAAACAAUAAAUUAUACCUUUGAAUAAAAAACAAAUUUGC